ACAUAAGCUGCCCAACCACCACCAGUGGAUAAAAUCAUCUAACCAGAUCUUCCAACCCUGAUAAUACCUGCAUCAUUCUCCCUCUUCAAAUUCAACCAUCCCAUCCUGCCCUGCCCAAUUUUCUGCAAAACCCUCAUAUUUUUCCACCUCCUUCAUGGCUACAAUCACCAAUUUCUUACUCAAACAACCCCCAUUUCUCGCCCCAAUCACCAAAAUCACCCCUCUUUACCCUCAAUUUUCUUCCAAUCUCCUCCCGCUAUCAUCUAAACCCAAGCAGAAUUUCCUCAAUUUGGACACAAACCGCCCGAUUUUCGUACCAAAAGCCACCGCCGCUUCCGACGUUGAGAAGGUGAAGAAAAAAGAAAGAGUGCAAAGAGUUCACAGCACACAAGAAUUCGACGAAGCACUCCGGGCGGCCAAAAACCGCCUCGUGGUGGUCGAGUUCGCCGCCAGCGACAGCGAGGACAGCAGCAAAAUCUACCCCUUCAUGGUAGAUCUCAGCCGCAACUGCAGCGACGUCGACUUCUUACUCGUCAUGGGCGAUGAAUCGGAGGAAACUCGCAAACUCUGCGCCCGCGAGAAAAUCGAGCAGGUCCCUCACUUCACCUUCUACAAGGGCAUGGAGAAGAUCCACGAGGAGGAAGCCAUCGGCCCCGAUCAGCUCGUCGGCGACGUUUUGUACUACGGCGACAGCCACUCCGCGGUGGUACAGGUGCACUGUAGAGAAGACGUGGAGAAGCUGAUCGAAGACCACAAAGCUGAUCACAAAUUGAUCGUUUUGGACGUGGGGCUGAAACACUGCGGGCCGUGCGUGAAGGUUUACCCGACGGUGAUUAAGCUGUCGCGGUCCAUGGAGGAUACGGUGGUUUUCGCCCGGAUGAACGGGGACGAAAAUGAUAGCUGCAUGGAGUUCUUGCGGGAUAUGAAUGUGAUAGAAGUGCCGACGUUUUUGUUCAUCCGAGACGGGGAGAUCCGCGGACGGUAUGUCGGGUCGGGUAAAGGGGAGCUUAUUGGGGAGAUACUGAGAUACCAAGGUGUUCGGGUCACUUAUUGAACGGAUAUAAAUAGAAAUUGCGAAACUAUGGAUCACUACUCGACGCAUUUGUAUAACAAAUUAUUAUUGUAGAAUUAAGUUUUGAUGGUCGGAGAUUAAUUCUGAGUGGCACCUUCGUUCAUUCAACUUUGACA